CUUUUCCGUGCUAAUAGUUUUGUGAAUAUUCAAAUUUCAAAUUUUUAGUCUCUUAUUUACUUGUCUACUACUCUGGUUUGCUGAAAAUGUAAAAUUGGUAAAGUGUGCGCUUCGGUCGGUCAUGUUAACGUGUAUUUUAGUAUAGAGAUAAAUACAAGAGUACUGUCGUACAGAUAAAGACAUAAACGCAUUCGUGCACAUUUAUGUUUUGUCAAAUUUUACUGUAUUAAUCUGGGUGGCACAAUGGCUAAAAAUAGUGAUCCUCAAUAAUAGUGAUAGUGAUAAUUUGAAAAGUGCAACUAGUGCGACAAAUAGCGCUUAUAGGUGUUAUUAACGCUCAGAACAGCUGAGCUGACCCGAAGUCUAAAACGUAGGAGUAAUAAGAUUCCGAAUUUUGUGAAAAAAUUGUAUCACUGGAAGUUUACGGUAAAAAGUAGUACUCCGCCCCAAAACAAUAAAAUACAAAGAUACGAUUUUUGCACAAGUUUGUGUUGAUAGUAAGUUCUAAAAAAGUUUCUGCAAUUUGCACUUGGGAAAUACAAGUCGAAAAAAAAAUGGAUGAGUUAUCCGAGGCGGAAUUGCGAUAUUAUAAUGAUCUGUUCAAGAUAUGCAGUGAAACGUCCGACAGCAGUGGCAAAAUUCCAGCUUUAAAGGCCACCUCACUGUUUCGCUCUGCCAAUCUUUCCAACGAAGUUAUCAACAAGAUAACGUCGCUUGUCGGCAUUCCACAGACGGCACUGCAUCUCUCGCGACAGCAGUUUUACGGCUGCCUAAAGUUGAUUGCGGCCUAUCAAGCGUCGGUACCGUUACGCGAGGAGAUUCUCACUUCUACGUUAUCCCUUCCACUACCAAAAUUUACCUGGAUUGAAUCUCCUACGUCUCUACCGACUUCAACGUCCGGUGCGGCAUCUGCCAUUAGUUCCGCAGGUGUAAGCGGUAUGAUUCCGGCUGAACGAAAUGGAUAUGGCGGUAGGCCCACCGACUACAUGGAGAUGAAAAGUGGCAAAGAUUUAAUAGAACUAACGACCACCAGUAGUAGCAGUAGUCGUGAAAGGGUCGAUAAUAUGUCCAACAGUGGCGACAUGACUAACUCUGAUCAGCCCAGCACCGACUCUGAAGUUGAACACAACGACGAUUCAAUAAUAAGGUUAUCCGAACGCCACCAUGUAGUUAAGGUAAAGGGUCAUGGAGCCGGAAAAUUAGUUGGGGGCGGAACCAGCAGCGGCGUUGGGGGUUCUCCAGAGGCUUGGAGUACGGCCAGUGACAGUCCUACACCGACCAACAGCGUAGCAGAACGUCCUUGGGCAAAUCAGGCCCUAUGGCAGGGUUUAGUUUGUGAAGAACAGCGUCAGUUGUUGGGCACGGAAGAAGAGUCUUCUGAUAAACAUAGUAGCGAUGAUGAUCAAGACACUGAUCUGGAAUACUUUUAUCAAAUAUCGCAAACUCAAAAGGAAUAUUACUUGAAACAGUUUCGAACUAUACAACCUGACGUGCAUGGAUUAGUUAGCGGUCAAGUUGCUAGAGUGUUUUUUGAAAAAUCUCGUAUCCCAAUAGAAGAAUUGCGACACAUCUGGCAGAUGUGUGAUGUUACACGAGAUGGUGCUUUAAAUUUGGCUGAAUUCACAGCAGCAAUGCAUUUGGUGGUUUUACGACGAAAUAAUAUCCCUGUUCCAAGCACCCUUCCUGCUUGUUUGAUGCCAAGUUUACUGCAAAGUUCACUACUAUCCGGUGCAAAUAAUGGCAACCAAAAUCAACAAAGUAGCAGUAUGACUGGAGGUUCUAGUACUGGUGCAAUUGGAACCGAAUCGGGAAAUAUUGCCGAUCGUGAACGAAUUGGACCGGAGGAAGCUGAUUUGCUACAUCUCGAAAGCGAUGACAAUACCGAUAACGGUAGCCGGGUAAACAUCGACAAAAAGGACUAUCAACGAAUUAUUUCCCAUCCAGAGCCAUUAAAACUGAAUCAUCAAUUAUCAGCAACUGGUAAUUCAGCAUCAACUACAACACUAGUAUCAGUUGGGAGCACCGAGCACAGUUCACCAACAAUCGCUUCCACAACCGGUAACUCAAAACUGAUCAACAACUCAUCUAAUUCUGGCAGGAAAACACCAACAAAUUUGCCAUCUCCACUGCAUCACGCAAAAUUAAAGCAUUCGAAAAACGAACAAUCAAUGACACCGCCUAAUAAUUUAAAUAAUAAGGAGUGGAAUAUUUCCAGUAAAGAAUGGACCAAAUUUGCAGAAUCUCCCACAUCCAAUGUUUCUAGUCCUGGCCCCAAACCGGUUAAUUUUGAUAUGCAACGUACGACUCAGGCAAUCGUAUCUGAUCCACAAAUUCUGCAUCCAGUACCACUGCGAGUAACGCCCGUUGGUGCUGAGGCUGCCGAUAAUAGCAAUCUAGUCUACAGUGAUGUGACUGUUGGAACAGGCGGUAUUUUGAUUGUCCAACAAGACGACUCCAGUCCAAAGCAGCUAACACAACUCCCUCAGCAGCCAACUCCAAAUCAACGAGAUUCACUGACCAGCGGUGAUCUUCGCGCUAUUCAAAGACCUCAGCCAAAAAAACCUCCAUCGAAGGGAGUGGGUGCUAUUCCGCCGCCUCCACAGCGGGAACCUAGUGUAACUUCUGCCAGCGGUUCGGUAGUCGUUGUAGAUUCUAUGGCCACCUCACUUGAUACAGCCACCUUCAAUAGUGUCAUCAAUAGUACUGCUGGACAUGCGGCUUUGGGCACCGUAAUUAACAGUGCCAGCAAAAAGGAUCAACCUCCUCCACCUUUGCCACCUCCACGACCUGUACAGCAUCGUCACACACGUAGCAGCAGUUUAGAUCUGAACAAGCUUAAACUUAACACAGCUAGUGGUGUCUCGGGAGCUGCCAAUAUGACCAAGCAGUUGGAGGAUCAGCUGAGAAUGCCGCCACCACCUGAAGUUCCCCCACGCGUCACUCCAACAUCUGAGCAACUCUCUGCUGUGCCUGGGUUUGCUGAUUUCGCUCAUUUCCCGAAUACAUCUGCAACUGGUGGAACGCACAUGGUAUCUGCCGAAAACAACGUCACCACCAUCCUGUUGGAUGCUAGCGGAAAUAUGACAACAGCGACUCACUCUUCCAAAGGCGGCAAUGUUUCGAACUCGCUCAUCGUUGGCACACCAUCGCUGCAGACGGCUUCGCGGAACAGCGCCUUCGAGGUAUACCGAAAGCCUCAGCAUCAGCACUCUCGUGGAUCCCAGUCACCGACACAUACUGUGCCACCACUGAUUGCAUCUCGCAGCGUUGAAUCAUCAUCAAUGGAACAUGAGAAACGUAUGUUGGCACUCAGUGACAACUUGCGGCAGGUUCGUUUUAAAGGUAAUGAUUGUUCCAAUGGCUCCGAUGUGCUAAAGCAUCUGAAAGAACAGAAUCUUCUCCUGUUGCGGAUCUGUAACGAUUUAAGCGAGGAACUGCUGCAAAUUCAACAGAAAAGAGAAGAUAUACGGAUAAAAAUCGAGCUGCAGGAACAGAAUUUGGGUGCUGGUACAAGUACAGUGACUGUUAGUGGUGCACAUCCUAUAAGUACUACUUGCUCCUCAAGCCAUCAUGCGGUGUGAAAUCGCCAUAGUAGGAUUUGUUGAUCGUUGAUGAUAAGCAGAAUGUGAAUGAUGUCGAUGUACAGAAUAUCAGCAUGUUAAUUGUGAUUUUGUCCCCCGAGAUACACUGCUACAAUCGAAGCCUUUUCCUCAAAUGAAACACUAUCCCGCUUAAUAGAAAAUCAGCAAACAUUAAACAUUAACAACAUUUUAAACAUUGUUAGCGACAGUAGUAAGUAGAGGGGAAUAUCUCAUGAGAUUUUAAACCGAAUCGCGCCCACAUUGGAUCGUUGCAGGGAAACGUAGAGUUUAACACAAACUUUCAAACAUCCAUCGUUGUGGCUUCAAAAUUAGUGCUCUAUGUUGGAAAAGAUACCUAUAACAUUUUGUGAAAUCAACCGUUUUUUUUCCAUAGGUUACGUUGCAAAGCUACUAAACAGUGUGCUGACUUUCAUAAGUACAAUAAUUGUUACGAAGUUUAAACUAUCAUGGCAGUUUUUCUUCCGCUUAGCGGAAUCGUUCUAAGCUGAUACAGUUUACUAGUAGAUAAAAGUCUAUCGUACGAAUAUUGCACGUUGUGAAUAUUUUAAUAAAUUUGAUUUAUUGCAUUUUUUAUUUCCAUUCGCUAAGUCGACUACUUAUAAAUUGAAUUAUUAUGUAAUUUUUUUUUGGCAAACGAAAAUUGCUUCAUCCAGAUGUUACUAGUCACUACUGGUCACUGUUUCGCGAGAGUAAUUACACAGAUGAAAAUCUCUUACUUUGCAGUGCUUCCCGCGAGUGUUUUUUAACUGUAUUGUUCGACAAUAAUAUAGGUCAGUAAAGGAUAAAGUUGAUUGGAUACAAUAAAACUUUUAUUUGGAAUGAAUGAAAAAAAAAAUAAAUAUGCUACGACUGAGAAAAAACCAGUAGCGUAGGUUUGAGAGGGGAGAGGGUUAGAAGAUUUAUCUUUUCGUUAAACCAGAUUUUUUACCCCGCAAAGAUCAUUGUCAACACUGAAAGCCACGUAUCGACACAGGCUUCACUGUCCAGGGCUUGUUCGUUCACUUUGACUCAAUUUUUAUAUUUGACAGUACCGUCUCAGCCGAACAAAAUUUGACUAAGUUGUAUAUUAGCAUUUGUAGAACUAGUUAUCAUCUUCAAUUUUGCUGAAUAAAGUUUCGCUGUAUCUGUUGUUGUU